AUGUUUUUUUUUCAGUCAGCCUUCUGUGCCCCCAACGGCUCUAUCUUCCUCACCUCAACGCCAUCCACUGCACCAUGGGGGGCGGCCUUCACACCGCAACCCAUCACCCUCUUCCUCUCCAACAACAAAAAACAGCCCUGCGACCAGCCCGUUGCCUUCUCCGUUUCGUUCACGUUUCGCAUGACCCCUGCUGCUGCUACAUCUGGUAGUGCUGCUGCAGGCGCAGGUAGCAGCACAGCAGGCGAGGGCCUGGCGUUUGUAGUCACUGCGGCGGCACCCCAGGGGGUUGCAACGGGGAUGGGGCUGGGAGGGGUGGGGAAGCGGAGUGUGGCGGUGGAGUUUGACUCGGUGCUGAGUGUGAAGCACAGCGACCCCAACGACAACCACGUGGGCGUCAAUGUGGGCGGCUCACCUGUGUCCCUCGCCUCUGCCACGGCCCCUCUCAUCCUCAACGACGCCCACACCAAGCACGCCUGGAUCCACUACGACCCCACCAGUGGCGGCACUUUCCGAGUCUUCCUCUCAGCCUCCAGGCAGCAGCCGUCCAAGGCUGUGGUGACGGCGAGAGUGUCUCUGUGCAGCGCGCUCAAGCCCACCAUGGGAAAUUCCUCAUUCCUCUUCGGCUUUAUGGCAGCCUCUACAAACUAUACUCAGAGGCAUGAUAUUCUCUCAUGGAAGAUCAUCACGGCCGACUCCUCGGCACACGCAGUGGUGGCGGCGGUGGAGGCAGCCUACAGCAUUGCGAGCAAUGGGUCGCAGCCCCCCAGGCUGUCGGUGGAGCAGCUGCGGCUGGCCCUCUCCUCCAACUGCGACGACAUGCCUCCGCGCGAUGUGCUGGCCUUCCUGGUGGCUGCCACGCGCAAGGGAGGGGGGCUCGUGGAUGACGCAGCAGCGGCAGCCGCCGCCAGUCCACACAGCAUGGCGUCUGCCGGCCGGCGGGAGAGACUGGCCGCGACAUACAAGUAUGCGGAUGCUGGCUGUUUUCAGGAAGGGGUGAACCACGCAGUGCUGCUGGUGGGCUAUGCUUUGCAAGGCAGCACAGACAGCCCUUUCAGCCUCGAUGGCCCACUCUGGGUAGUCCGCAACUCAUGGGGCACCGGAUGGGGGGACGUAGGGCACAUGUGCAUGGACAUGCAGAGCGGGCCGGGCGUCUGUGGCAUCAACACACUGCCGGGCAUCUUACCCAUCCUCCGAUCUACUGCUGACCCGUGUGGCAGAAGGUCAGUGAUGCUGGUGGGCUCACCGGGAGUGGCAGGGAGCAACGCGUUCAACCCGUGUGGGCAGUUCAAGUGCUCCAAGGCCGGAGCAUCCAACCGCUGUGCCUGUGCUGCUCCCCACUUCGUCCAGACCUCCCACCCCGACAGCUCCAACACCUGCGCCUAUGUUGUUGCUCACUUCAUCACCUCCUUCUCCCUCUCCGCCCUGCCUGCACUGCCAGUGGACGCCUGCGGGCUGGCAGGCAGCAACCCGUGUGUGGUGGGCACGUGCGUGAACGAUGGCAAGGGCAGCUACUCCUGUGUAUGUCCCCCGGGAUUCGUUCAAGGCACCACCGCCAAGGGAACCCUCUCCUGUGCUCCUGGUAUACCUUUCCUGCCAAUUUACCCCUCCCUGCCCAUUCGCUCCUCAUCGUCCCUCUGCUGCUCGUUGCCCCUCUGCUGCUCUUGA